GAAGCCGUCAGCGAGGUCCUGAUUUGUGUGCACGGCGCGUUUCCCAGCCGGCCCAGAUUCGCCGCGCUGCCAAGAGGGGUUUUUCUCCUGAGAUCUGGGCGAGGGCUUCUGGCCUCUUUGUCCCCCGACGGCCAGUGCGGGUCCGUGGGUGCCAGCGCGUGCGGGCGUGCAGGGUGUGCGUGUAGCUUAGCCGGCUGCUGGGACCCUCGUGUCGGCCCCGCCGCCGCUGCCCAGCCAGCAGGGAGACGCGCCUGCAGCCAGAGAUGGAGCAGACCGAGGUGCUCAAGCCCAAGACCCUCGCGGAUCUCAUCCGCAUCCUCCAUCAGCUCUUCGCGAGCGAGGAGAUCAAUGUGGAGGAGGUGCAGGCCGUCAUGGAAGCUUAUGAGAGCGACCCCGCCGAGUGGGCAAAGUACGCCAAGUUCGACCAGUACAGAUAUACCCGAAACCUUGUGGAUCAAGGAAAUGGAAAAUUUAACCUUAUGAUUCUGUGUUGGGGUGAAGGACAUGGCAGCAGUAUCCAUGAUCACACCGACUCCCACUGCUUCCUGAAGAUGCUCCAGGGAAAUCUAAAGGAGACAUUGUUUGCCUGGCCUGACAAAAAACCCAAUGAGAUGAUCAAGAAAUCAGAACGAGUCUUGAGGGAAAACCAGUGUGCCUACAUCAACGAUUCUAUUGGCUUACACCGGGUAGAAAAUAUCAGUCAUACAGAACCUGCCGUGAGCCUUCACUUGUACAGUCCGCCUUUUGAUACGUGUCAUGCCUUUGAUCAAAGAACAGGACAUAAAAAUAAAGUCGCCAUGACUUUCCACAGCAAAUUUGGAACAAGGACUCCAUUUACAACUUCAGGAUCCCUAGAGAACAACUGAAUAUACCUGAAACGCUUUGAGAUUUCACUCUAAUGUUCCGCUGAAGGUUUUGCUGUGAACAAGGCCUGUCGCCAUUUGCUCUCUAGUAAUACACUACACUUAAACGCCACUACUUAGAUAUGCUACAAGGCAGAGGCUAAUUCUAAGGCAUUAAAUAAGCAGAUAGUGCCCUGAGCUAUUACUGCAGAAAAUUUUCAUUAAAUACCAAAAAAAAAGAAAAAAAGAAGAAAAAAAGCGGGAGGGGACUUGUAAUUUUAAGGGCCAAAUCAAGUGUUCUCUUAGUUCCAUCCUCAGACCUAUUGGAACCAUACUGAGAAUGCCAACGAGAAGGUUUUUUUGUUUGUUUGUUUUUGGGUUUUUUUUAAAUAUGUGUAUUUGAAUAGCUUUUGAAAAAUUCUUUGGCCUCUGAACCAUGAUUAGCUAUAAAUAAAACCCAGAAACCACACACAUCAAAGCCUGCCAUAUUACUUGGAGGACUAAAAAUAGAUGUCUUUAAUACUCUUUUUAGCUUAUUAAUAUUUGAAGAUAAUAACUUUCUCAAUCUGUGGAUUUUGUUUUUCUCAUCUUGUUUUACAAAUUUCUGUGCUAUAAAUAAUAGACAAUUGUGGAUCAACUUAAGGCACAUUGCCAUUUGGUAAUGAAAUGAAGGGCAGAGGAUUUAGAAAAGUUCAGGUACUUUUCUAACCCACAGCAAACCAAAACCAGAAACUCAUGUCAGAGGUGUCCAGUGGUCUUUGCUAAAGACUUUGUACUGCUACCAAAAUUGCUGACAAAUUUUAAUAAAAUUGGAGUUGAAUACA